AUGAUAUGUAUGUUUGGGGAGGGAUUAAAGUGUCGUAGAUGGAUUAGUUGGAGGAGGUAUGGGGUAUUUCAGAGAGUGAUAUAUCGAAGAGGUAAUGUGUUGGAUAUCAGGGGGAUUUUAAAUAGCGAAAGGCCAAAAAAGGAGAAAUUUCGGCGAAAGGCACACUCUCAUGUUUGAUAUGUCAAAAAGAGUGGGUAUCACGACUUUUGCGCCAACAGUCGG